UGGACGAUUGUAGUUCGUACAUUCCGUCGGAGUAGACGCUGCGAGUUGCCCGCGUUGCCGAUUCACUCGCCACGUGCCGCGUAUUACAAUAGUUUAUACUUUUACUGUGACCUAAUUAUAUCAAGCUUUAAUACGUUACCAUACUGCAAACAAAUUCGAAAAGUGUUCGCAUAAGUUUCAAAAUGUGAAUUUAUAUUAUUAAUAUUUACAGCGCAGAUUAACGAGAAGUGACUCAGUGUUUCUAAAGUUUUUAAGUGUUUUCAUCGGCUGUGAAUGAGAUGAGGAUGUCUGUUUUCGAACUGCAAUAGAUUGGAUACUUAACUAAAAUAAACCCGUCUAAUCGGCUCCGUACGAUUGGAAUACGGUUUUUAUAAUAACAUACGCAUGGGAGCCGAUGCAUACGUUUAAAAUUUUAAUUUGGUAUUUGUAAGAAAAUUGACAAAAUGAAUUUUAUCCGGAGCUGGCAGUUAUUAACAGUUGCUGUCGGAAUAAUAGUAACAUGCCCGAAAGUUAUGUCACUUAGCAACUCCACAGGACCAGAUAAAGAAACGAGUGGUCCGACCAUAAUACCCAAUAAAAAUGAAAUAAUUUUAAAAGAGGGCCAAAACUUUACAAUAUAUUGUAAAUGGAAUCAUCCAGUACAAAUAAAGCAACAAGAAAUUGGGGAAGAGAAAACAGGGUCUUUCGAAAUGGUAUUAAGAGACGUAUCGAGUCCCGAUGAUCCGAAUGUAUUCGAGUCCGCGCUCGAUUUGUACAACGUUGACAAAUUUACCGUCGGUUAUUACGCUUGUUUCAAUAAAUCAAUGAACGAAACUGAUUUUUUAAAAAAUAUUAUGGAAGAACCUUUCAAUACGAAUAACAUCUCAUAUAUUUACAUCUACGUUGAUGAAACGAAUAGCUUACUAGCGCCAAUGAGGGAGGUCGUAAUAACGAGAAAUGACACCACUAUUUUAGUCGAAUGUAGACCUACGACACCCGAUGUUAACGUUACGUUGUUAGGGGAAUUUGCAGACAAUGAAUACAGAGUAUACAAUUUUAGCCCCAAAAUCGGGUUCACCUUCGAUAACAAUCUCUUGGAUGUUACAUUAUCUAUUUUCACUUGUGUCUUUGAGAGACGAGGCUUAACGGAUCGAAGCUACGUUUUUGUAAAUAAAUAUAAAAACGUGGUGCCUCCGACGCCAAAGAUUAUAAUGAAUUCAAAGUAUUUCUUGGAGGGUGAAACCUUUACCCUCAACUGCACAGUAUUAUACACAACUAAUUCGGCAGUCAAAUUAACAUGGAAUAUUCCACGGCCAGAACCGUCACAGGAGAGUAUUGGAAUUGAGUCAAAUGAACAUAAUAUAACAGGCGAAAUUUUAUACAAUAGUAUUACCAUAAUGAAUGCGACGAUAAACGACGCCGGGAACUAUACAUGCAAGUGUACAAAUCCAAUCGAUAAUCGUGUAGCGAGAGUUGUAAAAAUAUAUAUAGGUAAAAAAGGUUAUGUUAAAGUGGAAUCUGCUCUCCGAAAUCUUGAUCUAAUCGAAACUAUGCAAGAAACAAUUCGUUUGCAAUUUAUUGUGAACGCAUAUCCUCCAGCAAGCUUCGCCUUUUUUCGUGAUGGUAAAGACUUGCCGGAAGACGAAGAAAAAUAUAACAUUACCAAGAAGUUUGAUUCUGUUUAUCUGAAUAUAGAUCCUUUGACUAUUGAAGAUACUGGAAACUAUACAAUGGUCGCUAGCAAUGAAUACGAAACUUCUAAUUUAACAUAUGACAUAAGAGUAAAAGCUUCUCCUCUUGUUGAAUUCGGGCCAGAAGUCGACAAAAAGUAUUUAUUAGGUUCAAUAGCGACGCUUAAGUGUGAGGCUAUUGGAUAUCCUUUGCCAAAACUAAAGUGGAUUUUCAUAAACGAGACCGGCGAGGAAAAUUCUUACGAGGCUACAAAUACUGAUGUAGAGUCAAUUAUUAAAGUGUCCUCUCUUGUCAAAAUACCUGUACAGACUUCAGGAAAUAUAAUAUGUCAUGCAUAUAAUGCAAUAGGAAACGAUUCCGUGGCAAGGAAUCUUCUAGUGUAUGAGAUAUCCGGCGGAUUUGGAGUGAAGAAUGCCGACAAGGCUUGGUUUCCUGAGGGUCAACGUGUUAGGAUGGCAUGUUACGCUUCAAAGUAUAACUUUAUCAACGUCAGAUGGAUACGAGACGAUAACAAGUCGAGAGUAGAUACCGUGACAGUAAGAACGUCUCCCUUCUCAUUGAUUGCAACAUUGGAAAUAGAGAAAAUAUCGAUUGAGGAUGAAGGCAAUUACACUUGUAUUGGAGAAAAAAACGACAGUUCUAGUGAAAGUCAAACAAUUUUUUUCACGGUUGCAGCAACUCGUCUGCCUGUAAUAACAGUGCCAGAAAAGGAUGUAGAUCAAGAAAUAAAUCCAUACCUACCAGUGAUGCUUUCUUGCCAAGCUAAUGCUGUUCCACCGCCUGUUAUAACUUGGCAUAGAAACGGCGAUGUAUUGCAUAAUGAUAGUAACAUAGAUAUAUUCGUGGACUAUUUAAAUUACACAACUGUGAACUCGACUAUUUAUAUAAAGCAAACGAUUGACGAUUACAACAAAUAUGAAUGCGCCGCUAACAGCGCAGGUAUUGUUAAGCACAGGUCUUACAAUCUGAUUAUAAAAGAAAAAUCACCAUUUAAAUCUGCUAUAUAUCUCAGUAUAAUUGGAGUGAUAUUAUUUUGUCUAGUUUUGUUGAUUAUUUAUCUUGUGUGGAAGAUACGUAAAGAGAAACAGUUUAGGAAAGAAUUAGCUGCAGCUGGAUUGUUAUAUUUCAAAGAGGGGGUAACGAGGUCACUUAAUCCAGAACUUGGUAUCGACGAACAAGCAGAACUAUUGCCUUAUGAUGAGAGAUUUGAGUAUCCAGCUGAUAAGCUUAUUUUAGGGAAGCAAUUAGGCGCAGGUGCGUUUGGCGUCGUAUAUAAAGCUGAAGCCCGUGGUAUAAUCAAUGCUGAGGAGACCACGCCGGUUGCCGUAAAAAUGGUCAAGAAGACCGCUGAUAAUAUGUACAUAAAGGCUCUGGCAUCGGAAUUAAAGAUCAUGGUACAUCUUGGAAAACACGUCAACAUUGUGAAUUUACUUGGUGCCUGUACGAAAAAUGUUGGGAAAAGGGAAUUGAUUGUAAUCGUGGAAUACUGUAAGUUCGGCAACAUACACAAUUACAUGCAGAAGCAUCGAGAAGUAUUUAUCGAUCAACUAACGGACAAUAAGGAGAAGAAUCUCGGUAGAGAAAACAGAGCGUUUUCGUACAGCACAGGAAGUAGCGGCAUGCAGUCGGACUAUUUCGGUUCUAAUCACACUCAAGAAACGGAUCACACGUUUGUAAACACCGCCAAUACAAAUAGGUCUGGCAGGAAAGUUUCUGAGACGGGUUAUGUUCAACCGGAAUGGAGAUCAAAUUACGAGAGUGACUAUAGUUUUGAAGGACGUAACCCACGACCGUUGACUUCAAGAGAUCUAUUAGCUUGGGCCUUCCAAAUUGCAAGAGGCAUGGAAUAUUUGGCUAAUAGAAAGGUAUUACAUGGCGACUUAGCUGCAAGAAACAUUUUGUUAGCUGAAGAUAAUAUAGUUAAAAUAUGCGACUUCGGUUUAGCGCGAAGCAUUUAUAAAAAUGAUGAAUACAAGAAGCAAGAGAAUAGUCCACUUCCAGUGAAAUGGUUGGCAAUUGAAUGUAUGACCGACAGGAUAUUUUCUACGCAAUCUGAUGUCUGGUCGUUCGGAAUUGUGUUGUGGGAGCUAUUUUCUCUUGCUAAAACUCCUUAUCCGAACGUCAGUCCAACGAGUCUCGUACAGUGGCUGUCAGAUGGGCAUCGUCUCGAUAAACCACAGUAUGCAGACAACAAGCUAUAUGACGUGAUGCUUCGUUGCUGGCAACAAAAGCCCACAGCGCGACCAAAUUUCAGCCAACUGCAAGAGAUCCUCGGCUCAUUUCUUGAGGAUAAUGUGCGAAAUCAUUACGUGGAUUUGAAUUCCGCGUACAUGGAUCUGAACGUAAAAUCCGAAGGCCAAGAGGACUAUUUGGCGAUGAUGUGCGCGCCCGACUACAACAACAUGGUGACGCCGAGUCCGCAUCACUAUGUGAACGAAGCCAAGAGCUUCUUCCCGCCAACACCAACACUACAGCACGAUGACGAAGGUUAUCUACAAAUGAGUCCAACUAACCAGUCCAUAUUUAGUCCAAGAGCUCAGAGCGCGAAGUUUGAUUUUGACGCACGCAAAUUGAACACAAGGACCUCUGAUCAAGGAUCCGAGUUGACUCCUAUGUUAACUUUGAACAACCUGCCUGCCAGAAGUGGGUCAGAAUCGGAUUAUGAUGGUAACGUCUCUCCGUACCUCAACAUGUGUCCGAGAAUCGAAGAAGAAACAGACGAAGUAUUCGAAACGAAACAAUAUAAUUUUAAGAAUUCACAAAAUAAUCAGAAUAGCGCCGUAACCAACCCCACUUACAUAACGUUCGACGUUGAUCUGGAGAAGAAACCUCAAAACAUUUCCAAUAAUUACAUCAAUGUCAAUGGUCUAGUCAAAUAGAUAAUCCUAUAACGCAUGAUAAAUUCUAUUCUUGAUACUUAUUGUUACUCUUAUUAAAUAACUGAAAAUAAAUCUUGAUCUCCUACAAAUUUUGAUUAAAUAUGUGUGUAGUUUAGUAGCAUUAGAAAUCUCAGUAAUAACUUUUGCAUGAUAAUACUUUUUAAUUUUGGUAAAUAGCCAAAAUAUUUUUUUUUAAAUAUUCAGUAGUUUGAAUUUCAUUUCUUGCGUGAUUUUAAGUCAAUCAUUGUUAAAAAUUAAGAUAAGGUCGUAAGUGAACGUAUAAGUUGUGUGAUAUUUUGAUAUAGAAAGACGCUGGAUAAAAUAUGAUAAUGAAAUGUUGGUACUCUUAGUAUAUAAUAUUACAUAUAUUUAAUUUAUUAAGCCAAUGUAUAGCCAGUAUUUUCUUUGUUGAGCCCACCAUUUAAACAUUUUGUAAAUAGAUUACUUAUUAUAUAAGCUAAAUAUGUUUUCAUCUCCAUCAUUCCUUUAACAAUUUUCGUGACUGUGAUUUUCUACGAGAUAAAGGAAAUCUAAUCGUAAAAUCGUAAAUAUAAGAUAUUAUAUAUUAUAAUAUUUUUUUACUUGACAGACAAGUUUGU